UCAUUCUAUUGUGAAAUUCCAAGAAAUUAGACAGCCUUACAGGCGGAGACUCCUAGACUGUCCUUCCUUUCCACGGUUCCACUUCCACCCGCAGACUGACACAGAAGCUUUUCCAUGGACGGAACGGGAAGGAAUAAUGGUCCUGAGGCCGGAGCUGAGCUGAGCUGAUGAUAUCUGGGUUAGAGCCCCUCGCAUACCCGCGUCCCCAAAAUACAAAUUAAAUGGCAAUUUUAACUACACCGUCAAAUUCACCGGCACUCCAACCUUCGUCUCCCACCUCUGAACUACAACAACAGCUCUGUCCAACCUCCAAGUCCACGGUAUGCUUCAACGCUCUUAACCCAUUUCAUUUAUGUACUACUAAGUUCAUGACAACCAGGAAACCAUCAUCACUCUCUGCUUCGACGACCUCAGCUUUUCACAAUUCCGGAUCUCAAGGAUUCGGGGUUAAGGCUCUUCAGACGCUGCCUACUGGCAGCCCUGCUUCGUCGACGAACCUAUACGUAUCAGAUUCGGAUGUUUCUUUCGUCACCAACAUGAUUAGGGAUUACACAGCCAACGGAUUGUUCAAGGAUGCCAUUGGGGUCUAUCUAAAAUUGCUAAAUUUCGGUAUCCUUACGCAACAACUUCCAUUUUUCCCUUCUUUGAUUAAGGCUUUCGCUGGACUUCUUGAUUUGAGAAUGGGUCAGCAGAUCCAUGGGCAUGUCUUGAAAUUUGGACUUUUGACGGAUGUUUAUGUCGCCAAUUCGCUUCUGGCCAUGUAUUGGAAAUGUGGAGCGCUUGAGGAUGCACUUCAUUUGUUUGAAAAUAUUCUCAACAGGGACUCCGUAUCUUGGAAUACGAUGAUAUCGGGUUUUGAUCAAUCAGUGAUGCCAUUACAAGCCUUAGUGAUGUUUCGCAGAAUGGUGCGGGAAUUGGGUGCAAUCCCAAAUAGAGUGGCUUGUCUCUCUGCUCUCUCAUCCUGCUCUUCCUGUGGCUCUUUACUUCACGGCAAAGAAAUCCAUGCAUUUGUCACCAAAAAUGGAUUGGAUCUGGAUCCAUCUCUUGUUAACGAGAUGAUUGGCAUGUACAUGAAAUGUGGGCAUCUAAGGAAUGCAGAACAUGUUUUUGGGAUUUUGCUUGAGAGGGAGCAUCUAAGGGAAAACACUCUCAUUUGGAAUGCGAUGAUUUCAGGUUACGUUUUCAAUGGGUGUUUCUGGGAUGCUUUCGCUCUAUUCCAGAAAAUGUUGAUGUUGGGGAUAAAUUUAGAUUCUUCGACAAUGGUGACUGUUUUGGUUUUAUGUUCUCAGUUAUUGGAUCUAAAAGUUGGAAGGCAAAUCCAUGGCUACAUUGUCUGUGUCGGACUCAAGCUAAAUGCAAGAAUUGAGACUGCAAUUUUAGAUAUGUACUGUAAAUGUGGUGAAAUCCAGGAUGGUUUAAAUGUAUUUGAAAGGUCUUCUAAUAUGAAUUUUGUUAUGUGGGGUGCCAUUAUUGCAGGUUGUGCUCAGAAUGGUCUUUCAACAAAGGCAUUGGAAUUGUUUUCUAAAUCUAGAGUAGAAGGUGGUUUAGUUGAUCCGAUCACUGUUCUGGCUGUGCUACGGGCAUGUUCUUCUCUGUCUCUUAUGCUUAAUGGAAUGGAAACUCAUGGACUUGCAAUCAAGAUGGGUUUUAGUUCUGAUGUUUUCAUUGGUGGUGCUUUAACGGAUAUGUAUGCAAAGUGUGGUGACAUUGAAUCUUCUCAAAGAAUUUUUCUCGGACUUUCCGCACGGGAUGUGAUUUCAUGGAAUGCUCUGGUAUCUGGAUAUGCACAGAAUGAUUAUGCAGACAAAGCUUUAAAGGCAUUUCGUAAUAUGCAGUAUGAACUUGUUAGACCUAAUACUGUAACAUUUGCAAGUAUUCUCUCGGUAUGUGCCCGUCUGUCUGCUUUGAUCUUGUGCAAACAAAUCCACUGUUACCUCAUACGAAAUAGGUUUGAUGCCAAUGUGCUUGUUAGCAAUUCACUGAUUUCUGCAUAUGCCAGGUGCGGAGACAUAAGCAGUGCCUUGAUUAUAUUCAAUGGAAUCUCUGAAAGGAAUGAAAUAUCAUGGAAUUCAAUGAUAGCUGGGCUUGGUAUACAUGGCCACAUGGAUGAUAUGCUUGCUUUAUUCGAUAAGAUGAAAGCAGCUGACAUAAAGCCUGACCAUGUGACUUUUACAGCUAUUCUUUCAGCUUGCAGCCAUGCCGGGAGAGUUGAUGAAGGAUGGAGACAUUUUAGAAGCAUGGUCAAAGAUUACAAUUUGAAGCCUGAACUUGAACACUAUACUUGCAUGGUUGAUUUGUUGGGUCGAGCUGGCCAUCUAGACCAGGCAUUCAAUAUGAUCAUGGAUAUGCCUUGUCAGCCUGAUGGUCACAUAUGGGGAUCAUUACUUGCAUCUUGCAAAAUCCACUGCAACGCAGAAAUGGCAGAACGUGCAGCUAAUCACUUGUUUAAGCUUGAUUCUAGCAGCAUGGGGUACCAGAUCCUCCUCUCUAAUAUAUAUGAAGAUUUUGGGAGAUGGGACAAUGUUUCCAGGAUUAGAACAGCAAUCAAAGAUAUGGGCCUUAAGAAGAAUCCUGGUUGCAGUUGGAUCGAAGUUAACCAUAAACUCCAUGUAUUUGUUGCCAAGGACCGAUCACAUUAUCAAUCAGAGCAGAUACAUGCUACACUUGAAAUUUUGACAAAAGAUAUUACGGGGGCUGGUUAUAUUCCUCAGUCAUACCCACUAAGUAUCCAACACGAUGAAACUAGUGGAGAAGGCAUUAUUUAAAUCCUUCUGCACUUAAAAAUGUGAGACCUUGUGCGUAUUACCGGCCAUAAGAGAGAUGACCAAUACAUUGCUUUUAAUUACCAGGACCUUUGACUCCACGGGUGUGCUCAAGACUUACAACUUAAAUCCAUUUAAGGGAAUGAAGAUGAAUUACAUUUAUUUUGAAUUGUUGGUGGAUGCUCAGAAGAUUCAGGGCUGACCCUUUUUUCUGCUUGGGAGUUUCUUUCUUGGCGAUAGUGCUUCCAUUUCCAAUGGAUCUAGUGGCUUUGUGUGCCAGGAAAUGUUAUCACAGGUAGCGCUAAAGAUCUUCAGAAGAUUCUUCCUUAAAAUGUUUUGGUACCUACUUGGACAGAACAUAGUAGGAUUUCAAUGGACAGUCAUGAAUUCAUUCUAACUUUCUAAAACAUUUUCAUGAGGCAUAAAGAAGAUUUUUGCCUGAAUAUCUACAACGUGGAAUUAAUUUGGAAGCUUUAGCGUGAAGUGUUUGACGAGAGAUAAUUUUGCAUUUGGAAUCUAGGAAUGGUGGACAAGUUCAAUUUCAAAUCCCUGAAUGGUAGUCAUGUGGAAAGUGGAGGCAUCUAAGAUCACUAAGGCGAAAUCAGACAGUGUUAUUAGCAUUUUCUGUUGCUCAUGGCCAUUGGAAUCCAGGAAUGGUGGACAAGUUCAAUUUCAAAUCCCUUAAUGGUAGUCAUGUGGAAAGUGGAGGCAUCGAAGAUGGCCAAGGCGAAAUCAGACAGUGUUAUUAGCAUUUUCUGUUGCUUAUGGCCUGUAGUAGCGGAACCAGACUGUUGUGUCAAGAGCUAAUGGUCCAACUAUUGAGUGGGUCCAGAUCCUAACAAGUAUCAUUUGGAAUGUUGUGGAAGCUGAACGAUUUCUAUACAAGUCACCCAGUAAUUUUACAGAUACACCAUUGUUCAGAUUUUUGUGGUGCAAAUUUACAGAUAAAGAAGCAUUGUGUAUAGCUUUUUUUCACUAUUUCUGUUAAAUUUACAGAUAGAGAAGCAAUUUACGUAGGUUUUUCUCACUAGUUCUGUUCUCGAUUCAUUCUUUUUGAAUAAGUUCUAUGUAAUGUGUCACAAAUCCUUGCUUGGAUGGCAGGCUUAGGAUUCCAGUCUAGUCUUUUCCUCUUGAGUAAGGGGAGGAGGAGUUGGCAGAGCAUUCUCUCUGGUUGUCCCACCCUAGUCUCUCCUCUUUUCUCAUCUUUACCUUGCUGUUUUUAGCUGUAAUAUACUAAUAAAUAUUUUCCCUCUUUCUUUC